AUGCAAUCCUCGUCGGAAUCAUCAUCUUCAACAGCAGCAUUGAUACCAUCCACUCUCAAAUCAUCAUCAUCACCAACAAAUUCAUUUAGUGGGAAGGAAUGGUCUCGACAAGUAAUUAAAAAGACUUUGGUCGGAGCUGGAGUAGGAGCAUGUAUGGGCAUGGUUUUGGGAGUGAUGAGAAAACGAGGUGCUUUGGAUCAUUCCAAGUUUUUCAAACUAUGGAGAGUCGGAAUGAAACCAGUCAAAGGAAAGAAUAAUAUUACUGGCAAUGUUGGAACGGACUCUUCUGCCUUCUCUUCUACAUUUUCGGAAUCUGCUGCUAAUGAGAUUCAAAUGGUUCCUUCAAUUUUUAAAACCACCGUUGCUUUUGCUGGAAAUGUUGGACUUUCAUGUUACGUGUAUUUUUGUAUUGAAGAAUAUUUAACUUUGAAACAAAUUGUUCCUGAACGAUAUAUGGCACACUUUGUUACUGCAUGUGGAAUGUACACCACGACAAGUUUUUUGAAAAAAUUGAUGAUGGGUGGAAUGAUGUCAAAUGCAGCAUUAGCCGUACCGUAUCAUUUGGUGAGGUCUUUGAUUGGAGGAUUGAGUGCUGGAUGUGUGGCUCUAUGUGCUUCUCUUAUUGGUUCAGCAAUUUCCUACAAUUUAAAAUUGAGAAAGCUGAAACGAAACAUUUCAGAGGAAGAAUAUUUGUCAUUAAUUGGUGUGACUAAGGAAGAAGCUCAAAAAUCACUCGGUGAUCGAUUAAAGGAGCGACUUCCAAUUUGGUUGAAAGUUCCUUCUGCGCAAGACAGAAAUAUGUUGGAAGAAUUGUCGAAAUUGCAUUCUCUGAAAAAAUUAGAACUUUCCAUGAUACGAAAUUCGAAACAAUCUCCAGAUGAAAACAAAUGA